CAGGACCAUCGCCAAACAGAGGACACAGCAUUUCCGCUUCAGACAACCUCCAAGGGAUCUCAUUCAACCGAAACCAUCACCACCGCCGGACGUGGGCUCCAAGCCACCCCUCCACAGUUCCCACUUCAACGACUUCAUCACCGCUCCCAACGCGGCCACACGGAGUUCUCGCGCGCGCCCCACUCCACACUCCCCCCCAUCGGACACCGAGCACCACCACCCCUCCCCCGAGUCGAGUCGGUGUCCAUACUUGUACCGUCGCGGCUACCCGUCCGAUUCCAUCUCAACACGGUCUCUACGAAACACUCCGUGCGGUUCACACAUCACCGCAGUCCAGCUAUCAGGCCCCUCCUCCCCUGACACGGUCACUCCCGAGCGAACCCCCGAGUCCCCUCCGCCGUCCAGUGCCGGCGAUAGCGACAUCCACACAGACCACCCGCACGUCCGUUUAGUACAGCAGCAAUCAUGGCGAGCGGUGGUGGAACCGGAAGCUACAACACCAUCAAGGUGGUGGCUCGGUUUCGACCGCAGAACUCGAUGGAAAUACGCGAAGGUGGUGAACCGAUUGUUCAUUUCAUGUCCGAUGACACCUGCGAGCUCAAGACCAAAGAAUCGUCCACCUUCACGUUCGACCGAGUGUUCGAUAUGAAAUCCAAGCAGAAGGACAUCUUCGACUUUUCCAUCAAGCCCACGGUCGACGAUAUCUUGAACGGCUACAAUGGAACUGUCUUUGCGUACGGUCAAACCGGAGCUGGAAAGUCCUUUACCAUGAUGGGAGCUGGCGAUAUCGAGAACGAAGACACGAGGGGUAUUAUUCCUCGGAUAGUUGCACAAAUCUUCGAGUCCAUCCUACAAUCUCCAUCGAACAUUGAGUACACCGUGAGGGUGUCUUACAUGGAAAUCUACAUGGAGCGCGUCCGCGAUCUUCUCAAUCCCGCCAAUGACAACCUGCCGAUCCACGAGGACAAGAACCGGGGUGUGUACGUCAAGGGUCUGCUAGAGAUCUAUGUCUCGAGUGUAGGUGAGGUGUACGAAGUCAUGAGACGGGGAGGUUCGCAGCGAGCAGUGGCAGCCACGAACAUGAACCAAGAGUCAUCGCGGUCUCACUCGAUUUUUGUGGUCACGAUCAAUCAGAAGAACGUAGAAUCUGGGUCCUUGAAGACCGGAUCGCUGUACCUUGUCGAUCUGGCAGGUUCCGAGAAGGUUGGAAAGACCGGUGCAUCCGGACAGACGUUGGAAGAAGCGAAGAAGAUCAACAAAUCGCUAUCAGCUCUAGGAAUGGUCAUCAACAGUUUAACGGACGGCAAAUCAGCAUAUGUUCCGUACCGUGACUCCAAGCUCACCAGAAUUCUUCAGGAGUCGCUUGGAGGUAACUCCCGGACAACGCUCAUCAUCAAUUGCUCUCCCUCGUCAUACAACGAUGACGAGACGCUCUCGACGUUGCGCUUCGGUAUGCGCGCCAAGUCUAUCAAGAACAAAGCGAAAGUCAACGCUGAGCUAUCACCUGCGGAACUCAAGUCUCUGCUCGGCAAGGCGCAGAAGCAAAAUCUCACAUAUACCCAGUACAUUACAAAUCUGGAGAGCGAGGUUGUCAGCUGGAGAGCUGGCGACAAGGUGCCAAAGGAGAAGUGGAUUCCCUCGUUAAAGCUAGAGACUUCCGGAAAACCCGAUGCCAGGCCUAGAAGACCAGACACGCCCUCCCGGAUGGUUGCCGAACGAGAGUCACCGACACCAUCGCGGCCGGACAGCAGAGCGGAAGGCACCAGAGCACCAACUCCGGUUACGAUCGAGAAGGAUGAAAGGGACGAGUUCUUGCGAAGGGAAAAUGAGUUCCAGGACCAGUUGUCGGACAAGGAGUCACAGCUUGCCGCGGCGGAGAAGGCGUUGAAAGAAGUCCGGGAAGAGUUGGCGUUCCUCCGGGAGCAUGACUCGAAGAUGGGCAAGGACAACGAGAGACUUUCGACAGACGUCAAUGAGCUCAAGAUGCAACUCGAGAAGGUUUCGUUCGAGAGCAAGGAGGCGCAAAUCACCAUGGAUGGUUUGAAGGAGGCGAAUGCCGAGCUGACUGCGGAGCUGGAUGAGAUCAAGCAGCAACUGCUAGAUGUCAAGAUGCAAACUAAAGAUGCAUCCGCACAACUCGAUGAAAAGGAGAAGAAGAAGGCCGAAAAAAUGGCCAAGAUGAUGGCUGGAUUCGACCUAGGUGGUGAGGUGUUCUCCGACAAUGAGCGGAUGAUUCGCGAAGUCAUAGAGCGACUGGAUUACCUUAUGGAGCACUCCGGUACUGGCGACGAGAUCUCCGCGGACGACCUCAAGGAGCUCCGUGCCAAGCUUUUGGAGACGCAAGGAAUCAUUCGGCAAGCCGAGCUCUCUCUCAACGAGCGAACCGAGGAGCAGGAGGCGGCUUUCCGGAAGAAGGAGGAGCUUGAGAAGCGACUUCUCGUCUUGGAGAAGGAGUACGCGGCCGUUCUCGAGGGUGCCGUCGGCGAGGCCGGCACUGCCGAGGUUAAGGCCAAGUUAGAGGAGACAUACAAGAACAAGAGGGACGUCGAGACUCAGAUGCUGGAGGAUCUCAAGGCGGAGAUCGCGAAGAAGACUGAAGAGAACGAGAAACUGAAGGCCAACGCUGAGGACCUGCAAAGAAGGGCUAAGGCUGGUGCCAAUGGAGCGCUGCCCAAUGGCAAGACCAUUGCUCAGCAAAUUGCCGAUUUCGACCAGAUGAAGAAGAGCUUGAUGCGGGAUCUGCAGAAUCGGUGUGAACGGGUGGUGGAACUGGAGAUUUCCCUGGAUGAGACGAGGGAACAGUAUCACAACGUCUUACGAUCGUCGAACAGCCGUGCCCAACAGAAGAAGAUGGCUUUCCUGGAGCGGAAUCUUGAGCAGCUGACGCACGUUCAGAGGCAAUUGGUGGAACAAAACUCUGGACUGAAGAAAGAGGUUGCUAUCGCUGAGAGAAAACUCAUCGCUCGUAAUGAGCGGAUCCAAAGCUUGGAGAGUCUCCUUCAGGACUCUCAGGAGAAGUUAACGGCGGCGAACCAUCGUUUCGAGACUCAGCUUACUGCUGUCAAGGACCGGCUGGAAGCUGCGAAGAUUGGCACCAAGGGGCUCGGCGGACCCGCUCAGUUCAGCUUCCAGGGCAGCCGAAUCGCCAAGCCACUACGGGGAGGAGGCGGCGGCGCCACAACCCCCGGCGGCGAUGCGGCGACCGUCCCCGUCCUAUCAGGGACCGUGGGCAGCUCGGCGCAGCAGGAGGGCCAGCAGAACAAGAGAAGUUCGUGGUUCUUUGACAGAAGUCGGUAGAGCGAUUUGUCAUUGUUAUUUCCUUACUUUCUUCUCUCGGCCUGUUUUUGUUUCCUGGUUUGUUUGAUUGGUUGGCUGGA